CAUAUCAAGUCCUCAACCAGGUCCAAUAUGGCAAUGAACGCUGUGAACAAACCUCUGUCAGCUCACCCAAGCAGAGUGCAUGGAAACACUCGGGUUAACAGUGGUGGGCCGUCCUCUGAUCAGCAUGAUCCAGGACUAUACACCCCCUGCCAAGACCACGGAGCUCCACCCCACCACCCCCAACACCACCUCCCUGGCCGGCCUGUCUUCUACGUCCAUGCUCCACCCCCACCCCCUUUCCACACCUGCCAGUGGCCCAUGCCCUUCUCCUAUAACCCCUUUGCAGGCUUCCCAGGAACGGGCUAUGGUAUGGUGAUGCCCUCGUUUCCUCCUCCCAAUCCCUAUAUGGAGGUUCCAGAAUACAUCCUGCCCCGCCCUCACAUGCAACCAGUCGACUACAGACGUUUCGUCCACCCCCAGGCCCAGGCUCCUAGCGUAGCGUAUCAGAACCCAUACCAGCCCUGUAGAGUCCACCCACAUCAUACCGACCCAGUUAGAGAAACCGUGAACUCGGCGGUCCAAACAGAACCCCAACAGAGAGGAAGAGGUUUCAGUGAGGAAAGCCCACUCAUCAGCGCAGAUUCGGGUAGAGGAAAUAAACUCUCCUUCGUCCUCGAGCUCAAGCUCCCAAAUACAAAACUCUGCUGAAGUUGAGAACGACGCGUUACACAGCAGUAAUGAAAAAGACCUCCCGGUUAAAGAGACCAGUAACAAACAUGGCUUUAACGUCCUCCGACCUACAGGAACGACAGCCACCCAGUCAUGUAGCCGAGCAACCCUGGACACUCAGAAGAGCCGAAAAGAGAGUGUGGGUCAGGAGAAUGUUCCCCCCAUGCAGGAACGCUCACUGCAACAUGUGGUCUGUUGGCUCUCAAGAUGGUAUGGUUCCUGUGUGUAACUCCUCCCAACAAGAGGAGGAGGUUGUCAAAGAGAGGCGGAUCUCCGUUCCUGACAUCCUCAUGAGUUGGGGAGGUGGUACGCCUCAGGAACGAUGUUNGAUGUUGAAGGUAGCAGAUAAGCUGCUUCAGAAUGACCUCCAAACUGAAGUAGAGCAGGAUAAGUCUGUUCACCAGAGUGGAGUCGAGACCAGAAUCAGUCCAGAGGCGGCUUAUCCUAAAGAUGAUGCUCAGGGUAACUUCAUCUCUGAGCACAGUGAAGUCCUUUUCAAGAUCCUCAAACUGAGAGAAGCUGAAGAAGGACAAUACACAGAGUCCAGGAACAAUGAAGAGUAUUUGGGACUCGGUAGCUCCGUAAGGCGUUGUCUUCCAUUCGCAGAUGAACUUCUACAAUCCUCAUCCCAUAAGCUCCCUGACAAUGAGCAAGAAUAUAGCAUCGAGACAAAU